CGUAGGAUUUGUAAAUUUGCCACCCGCCCUCCUUUCUUUAAAGUUUGCGCACACCUAUAACCCAAAAGGACACAGACGUGUAUUUGAGCUUGGAAUCUAUAUGUACAGUCUUAUGGAAUAAUUUUAUCACUAUACAGGUGCAGUGUGUAGCCAUGGCUGCAGGGGUGGAGGCGACCACAAGGGAAAUGGGCCAAUCGCUCAUUAACCCAGACAAACCUUCAGAUUCAGCCUCAGCACUCCCAGGAGACACAGAGAAGCCAGCACUUGGCCCAAAGGCCCACCUCAUGCCCAAACCAUUUUCCCUGCAAAGGAAUGCAACCCUCCGCCCGAUCCGGGCCCCAAAAACCAACUUCAACAGACAGCUCUAUCGAGCCACCUCUUCUGAUACACUUUUGAAUACCACAGAUACUCGUGCUGGUGGUGUAGAAACAUCAGACUCAAAUGGCACUGUAAAUGGGUCUAAUCAGCGUGCAGCUCUUAAACCCGUCCCACUCAGCCCAAAACCUGACUUACAGGCUAAGCCUAAACCAGAACUUACUAAGAGUCCUGACAUAACUGGUUCUAAGAACCAAACUGGUCCAAACUCAAAGCCUGACGUAACCGCUGAAGAUAUAAAGAACGUUCAGCACAGGAGCAGAGCAAAAUCCUUGGGUUCUCAGGAUCGAAAGAUUCUCAACCAGAAGGCACAAGGAGAAGCCGGCGUCACUGAGGCAGACGUCAAAGUGCCUUCACGAUGCUGGCCAGCUCGAAAUCGUCUCUCCAUGCAGCUGACCUCCAAGUUCGAGUCGCCGUCUCAGCCCGAGCAGGAGGUUAAUAUUGUGAGAAGCAAGACGGAGAAAGAGGGGCCGCCACGUUCUCCUUCAGCAGUGUCUGAGUCCGAGUCUUCAAAGCCUCCGGUGGAGAAAGAGGAGGGAGACGAGGAGGUCAGUGGAGGCAGCAUUAAAAGACGGAUCAGCCUCCUCUUCGAUCGAUCUGCAGCAGCUCAGCGCAGGGACACUUUCAACAAAAAAGACAUCGCACCUGCUGAAAUAUCUAUUGACAUUAAACAGAGAAUCCAGAAUCUGAGCUUGCCGUCCACUGGUGCUCCUAAAAGUCCACCAUUUGAGAAGACGAAUGAGAGAUCAUCUGAAAGACCUGCAGAUUCAUCAACAGAGAAGGACAAACCACCACAUACAACAGAAAUCAAGAACUCUGGUGUGGAGAAUGCAGAAGAAAAGGAAGAUGAUGAAGUUGAAGAGGACAAAGAGAACUAUGUCGCUGUUCCUUUUUACCGAAGAGUUGGGAUAAGCAUAGAUGCAGAGAAAAAGCAAAAGGAAGAAGAAGAAAAACAGAGAAAAGAUGAGCAGUUAGAGAAAGAACGACAGCAGCAGGAAAAGGAAAGACUUUUGGAGGAGGAGAGGAAGGCAAAAGAAAUUCAGAAACAGCAAGAGGAAGAGAGGAAACAAGAAGAGGAAAAACAAAGGCAGAUGGAAGAAAGAAAAAAGCAAGAGGAAGAAUGGAAGAGAAGACUUGAAGAAGAAAGAAAAGAGGAGGAGAGGAGGAGACAGGCCGAAAAGGAAAGGGAGAAACAACGAGAGCAAGAGAGGUUAGAAAGAGAGAGACAGAUCGAAGAGGAGAAAAGGAGGAUUGAAGAAGAAAAAGAGAAACAGAGAGAGGAGGAACGACUGAGACAGGAGAAACUAAAGAAAGAGAAAGAAAUGGAAGAAGAGAGAAGAAGAAUUCAGGAGUUGGAGAGACAGAAAGAGGAAGAAAGAAUGAGAAAAGAACAAGAAAUGGAGAGAAUAAGGAAAGAAAAACAAAUGGAAGAAGAGAGGAGAAGAAUUCAGGAGAUGGAGAGACAGAAAGAGGAGGAAAGACUGAGACAGGAACGAGAAAAAGAAGAGCGGUUAAAGAAAGAGAGAGAACUGGAAGAAGAGAGACGAAGAGUUCAGGAGAUUAAGAGACAGAAAGAAGAAGAAAGACUGAGAAAAGAGCAAGAAAUGGAGAGAAUAAGGAAAGAAAAAGAAAUGAAAGAGAGACUAAAGGAGGAGGAAAGAUUGAGACAGGAAAGAGAGAAAGAAGAGCGGUUAAAGAAAGAGAGAGAAAUGGAAGAAGAGAGAAGAAGAAUUCAAGAGAUAGAGAGACAGAAAGAGGAAGAAAGACUGAGAAAAGAGCAAGAAAUGGAGAGAAAAAGGAAAGAAAAAGAAAUGGAAGAAGAAAGACAAAGAAUUCAGGAUAUGGAGAGACAGAAAGAGGAAGAAAGAAUGAGGAAAGAGAAAGAAAUGGAGAGAAUAAGGAAAGAAAAAGAAAUGGAAGAAGAAAGACGAAGAAUUCAGGAGAUGGAGAGACUUAGACAGGAACGAGAAAAAGAAGAGCGAUUAAAGAAAGAGAGAGAAAUGGAAGAGGAGAGACUGAAAGAGGAGGAAAGAUUGAGACAGGAACGAGAAAAAGAAGAGCGGUUAAAGAAAGAGAGAGAAAUGGAAGAGAAGAGACUGAAAGAGGAGGAAAGAUUGAGACAGGAACGAGAAAAAGAAGAGCAGUUAAAGAAAGAGAGAGAAAUGGAAGAGAAGAGACUGAAAGAGGAGGAAAGAUUGAGACAGGAACGAGAAAAAGAAGAGCGGUUAAAGAAAGAGAGAAAAAUAGAAGAAGAGAGAAGAAGAAUUCAGAUGUUAGAGAGACAGAAAGAGGAAGAAAGACUGAGAAAAGAAAGAGAAAUGGAGAGAAUAAGGAAAGAAAAAGAAAUGGAAGAGAAGAGACUGAAAGAGGAGGAAAGAUUGAGACAGGAACGAGAAAAAGAAGAGCAGUUAAAGAAAGAGAGAGAAAUGGAAGAGAAGAGACUAAAAGAGGAGGAAAGAUUGAGACAGGAACGAGAAAAAGAAGAGCGGUUAAAGAAAGAGAGAGAAAUGGAAGAAGAAAGAAGAAGAAUUCAGGAGUUAGAGAGACAGAAAGAAGAAGAAAAAAUGAGAAAAGAAAGAGAAAUGGAGAGAAUAAGGAAAGAAAAAGAAAUAGAAAAAGAGAGACUGAAGGAGGAGGAAAGAUUGAAACAGGAACGAGAAAAAGAAGAGCGGUUAAAGAAAGAGAGAGAGAUGGAAGAAGAGAGACGAAGAAUUCAGGUGAUGGAGAGACAGAAAGAGGAAGAAAGACUGAGAAAAGAGCGAGAAAUGGAGAGAAUAAGGAAAGAGAGAGAAACUGAAGAAAGAAAAAGAAUGGAAGAACAGAGACAAAAAGAAGAAGAAGAAAGACUGAGACAGGAAGGAGAAAGACUGAAGAAAGAGAUGGAGAUGGAAGCGUGUAAAUCAGUAGAGAGAUUGCGAGGGGAAGUUCCUACGAGUUAUGAUUUAAUAUCAUUUAACACGGAGGAACCGGCAGUGUCUCCGACUCUCGUCUCCGCCGUCUCACCUCAACUCACCGAAGUGCUUUACGACGACUUUUCAGUGAAACCACGAAGAUGGGGAACCGGGGCGAGACGUUCCUCAACACCGUCUCCAUCCAGAGAACCUCUCGCUGCUCCUGACUACAAUCUACAGCCAGAAUCAAAGUCCAAUGAUUCUGGAUCCCAAGAACCACACGGAGAUCAGGUAAAUGUGGGUGACCUGAUCGGACUUGAACCUGAAGCUUCCAGUCCACAGAACUCUUCCUAUAAACACACAGAGAGCAGAGAGCGGACAUCUUUAUCUGAGGAGGAAACUGAGUCCAAACCAGAGGAUCUGCUGGUGCCUGAAACACAAUCUGACGAGGGUCAGUUGAAGGACUGCGAACCUGAGGAAGAUGGAGUUUUGGAACUGGACACAGAGAACCUGAUCGAUGAAACCGACGAACAAACUGAAAACAACGACACAGUUGAUGGUGCUGGCACAGAGAGCAGAAUCAAUCUAGCCCUGCAGAGGCUGACUCGGGUUAGACAGCGAAACAAAUCUACUGAUUCAGACAGGACAGACAUCCCGGCUGAGGAGGAGCCCGAACCCCUACCUGUUCUUGAGUCUGCAGCUCCUCUGCUGGACUCCAGCAUUUUCCGUUCGAAGGUUGAUCUAGCAAAGAAGCGAAGCAUAAAGCGUUCCAGGCCGACACGUGCCGUCCGACAGAGAGACGCCCUGCCCGCGCUGACAGAGGGAACGAACCCUGACUGGAGGUUCUGCGACUCCACAGAUGCAAAAGAUCAGCGUUCCAAUGGAGGGGACUCAGAAUCAGAAGAGGAGCCGUCCCGGGACGUCACGUCCCCUCCAGCCCCCAGCCAGCCGAAGAGAGUCCCUAUGUUUCCUGGGAUAAACCCUUCAGCCCUCAUGGCACAGCUCAAGCGGAGAAGUGGAGUCAUGGAAGCAGACAGUUCACCAGAAACACAGACGCCUCCGUCUGUCCCCACACGCUCUCCCCGCACUCCCACCAUGGCCCUCGGCCCCAGAGUGCUGCCCCCUGUUGACGCCAAGGACAGUGGGUCCGGCUCUUCACCUUCAUGGCUGCUUGAGCUCAAAUCCAAGAAACGAACGAGUCAACCUGAAAGUGAAGCAUGAAGUCUGUGAAUCUCAGGUCUGAUGCAGUUUGUUGAGAGGAAAUCCUCUGUGUGAUGCCACAAAGAUGCCAAAGGAACCGACUUGCAUAAAUGAGAAGUGCAAUGAGCCUUUCAUUCUCAUACCGACUGAUUAUCAGAUAUUUUUCGAGUAUGUGUCCUGGACUAAAAUGUUUGUAGGCUUUGCCAAGAUGAUGUCCUGUUAUGCACCUUUUUACUUUCACACGAAAGUCUGUCAUAAUGCCGAAUCAUAAUCAGCACAAGAUGGUGUCUUUGAAAAGCAUGAGCUGUUUACUAUAAGUCUUGGACCAGUGGGGAAUUUUAAUUCUGUUUACAUUUAUUAAUUUAGUAGAUGUUAUUAUCCUACAUGAGGAUGGAUGAUAAAACAAGCAAUUCAUCUUAAGAAGUCCAUCCUCUGUCCAUCUCUCAUCAUGGGAAAAGCAGAUAUCAGUAUAGCUUCAUGCUACAAUGCACUUUAAAUGAGUCAGACCACUGGAAAAGGUGCCUUAGGCAUUUGAUUUGCAUAUAAAACAUCCAUUUUCUUUCUUUUAAUUGUUUUUGUUCUGUUUACAAUAUGUUCAACAUGUUAUAAACAUCAUUGGAUGGUAAUUUGAUCUUGUUUACUUUUAUUAUCAUUUUUAAAUUCUUUUAUUCUCUGUAUUUUUAAAGUUAGUGAGCAGAGAAGCAUAAGCUAAUGUGCUUUAAUUGGGCUGAUUAUCAUUUACGAUGUUUUAUUUUGCAUUGUUGCCCAUGUCCUUACAGUCCUGCCAAGAACACUUUUACAAAACACAAAUCAGAGUUAUAAUAAUGUAUAAUAAUAAGUUUUGUUUGUAAUUGUGUUCCUUUUGAAUGUCUUCAGCUGUGUAAAUUGCUGCUCGAGGAAAAUGUUUACCUGUUUAAUGUUGGGAAACGGUUGUUGUGUUUUAUAAAAAAAAAUGAAUUAUGAUUUACAAGGGAUAUCUUCAUUAAAUAUUUUUUCUAAAUGGGAA